AUGUGUCCACUGAAUCUUUGGGAGGGGGCUGCCAUUGUCUGUUUCUUUUGUGCCGUUUUUGGGACGAUGCCUACCAAAGGAGGAGUGGCAGCCUUUGAGGACGGAGCUUACCUUCGACCAAAACCCAUCAACACCGACAUCAUGGUUCACAUUUUCAUCUUGAAGCAGGACGGCGGCAAGUGGACUUCCAAGUGCACGACCGAUGAGGACUUUGCCGUGGCCGAGGGUGCGACCGCCCUCGAGCUCGAGAAGACCUUGAAGGAGAAGGUGCGCGAGGCCAACUCGUGGACUGGCCCCAUGAUGGUCAACAACAGCCCCGUGACCCCCAAGUCGGCUGUGCUGAUCUGCCACCUGGGUGGCGGUUCGGCCGCUUCGGGAGCCGCCGCUGCUGAGGGAGCCGCCGGCGACGACAAGGCAGCCGCCGCUGCCAAGCAGGCCGAGCCCGAGUCUGAGUCUGAGGACGAGGCCAUGGGUGGAUUUGACCUCUUUGACUAAGCGUUGCUGAAGAGCCUCGUCUUGGUUCAGACUGCUUCCAAGAGCUUAGUAGAGCACACACCUGUUAGAUAUGGUGUGUGAUCUCGUCUCAACCUCGAGCGCUUGCCUCCCCCUUUUUUUUGUGGGAGCAGCUGUUCGAGGUUGUCCCUGUUUUAGUCAGGGGCCGUGUUAGGCAGGGCCUUUGCGUAUGAGCGGUCCUUUCCUUGUUGUCGAUCGUUUUCAAGCCGUGCGCCUUUGUGGUCUGGAGCAAAGCGCUGGGCCAAGGGGUAGGGGGUUUCCUUUUUUUUUUUUCGGUUAUCGGUUUGGGUUUGACCGCCCUUCUUGAGCACAACUCCUCCUCUCUCCCAUUCGCUUUCUUCUCCUGCGAGCCACAAUGUGGCACAAAUCGACACCGAGCUCUG